AUGAGCAGUCAAGUCACGUCUCAGCGUGUAGACGCCCCCCUCACUCAAUCCGCGACAUUUCUCGUAGUGAAGGUGACUACGACAUCAGACUCAAUCAAAACAGUUCGAUCGGUCCUUGCCAGUCUAGACGACCUGGCCAAAAAUGUCUCUAUCCGUGAUCUCAACGCCCAGCUUAAUUGCACUGUCGGUAUUGGCAGCGAUGUCUGGGACAUUCUGACCGGUCUUCCGCGGCCUGCAGAGCUCCAUCCCUUCCGAGAAAUCAAGGGUGCGAAACAUACAGCUGUCUCUACGCCAGGCGACUUACUUUUCCAUAUUCGUUCCGAGCGCCGGGAUAUCUGCUUUGAGUUUGAGCGCCAACUGGUGGACCAGCUGGGUGAUGCGGUCUCUCUUGUGGAUGAAACAGUUGGUUUCAGGUACUUUGAUGCUAGAGACCUUCUUGGCUUCGUCGAUGGUACUGCGAACCCUGUUGGCCCCGCCCUCCCACCCGCUCUUCUCAUUGCUGAGGAGGAUACGGCUGCGCAAGGGGGUAGCUAUAUCGUAGUACAGAAGUACACUCAUGCGAUGGAGGCAUGGAAAAAACUGUCAGCUGAACAGCAGGAGAAAAUUAUCGGACGGACUAAGUUGGAUAAUGUCGAACUUGACGAUGCCGAGUCAGGUCAGCUGUCGCACAAGACAUUGAAUACUAUCGAGGAUGAGGAUGGCAACGAGCAUGAUAUUCUACGUGAUAAUAUGCCUUUUGGAUCACCUGGUUCUGGUGAAUUCGGCACCUACUUUAUCGGGUAUACGCGUCGCCUAUGGGUUAUUGAGAAGAUGUUGGAACGUAUGUUUGUUGGACAUCCUCCUGGUUUACAUGAUCAGAUACUGGAUUUCUCGACUCCGCUGACUGGUACAACUUUCUUUGCGCCAUCGGCGACUCUGUUGGCUAGCCUGGAUGAGGAUUGA